CGCGCGGCUGAGGCAGCACCCAGACCGCGGCGAGGGGAGCGGCCCAGCCGGGCCUGCCGGGCGCUGAGGGCCGCCAUGGAGGCCGUUCCCCGGAUGCCCAUGAUCUGGUUAGACCUCAAGGAAGCCGGUGACUUCCACUUCCAGCCGGCCGUGAAGAAGUUUGUCUUAAAGAAUUAUGGAGAGAACCCAGAAGCCUACAAUGAAGAGCUGAAGAAGCUGGAGUUGCUCAGACAGAAUGCUGUGCGCGUGCCCCGGGACUUCGAGGGCUGCAGUGUCCUUCGCAAGUACCUCGGCCAGCUCCACUACCUGCAGAGCCGGGUGCCCAUGGGUGCAGGCCAGGAAGCGGCCGUUCCCGUCACCUGGACAGAGAUCUUCUCCGGCAAGUCCGUGGCCCAUGAGGACAUGAAGUACGAGCAGGCCUGCAUUCUCUAUAACCUCGGUGCGCUGCAUUCCAUGCUGGGGGCCAUGGACAAGCGGGUGUCGGAGGAGGGAAUGAAGGUGUCCUGCACCCACUUCCAGUGCGCAGCCGGAGCCUUCGCCUACCUGCGGGAGCACUUCCCGCAGGCCUACAGCGUGGACAUGAGCCGCCAGAUCCUCACGCUCAACGUCAACCUCAUGCUGGGCCAGGCCCAGGAGUGCCUGCUGGAGAAGUCCAUGCUGGACAACAGGAAGAGCUUCCUAGUGGCCCGCAUCAGUGCGCAGGUGGUGGAUUACUACAAGGAGGCCUGCCGGGCCCUGGAGAACCCUGACACGGCCUCGCUGCUGGGCCGCAUCCAGAAGGACUGGAAGAAGCUGGUGCAGAUGAAGAUCUACUACUUCGCGGCGGUGGCUCAUCUGCACAUGGGGAAGCAGGCUGAGGAGCAGCAGAAGUUUGGGGAACAGGUGGCCUACUUCCAGAGUGCUCUGGACAAGCUUAAUGAAGCCAUCAAGUUGGCUAAGGGCCAGCCGGACACCGUACAGGACGCACUUCGCUUUGCCAUGGACGUCAUCGGAGGAAAGUACAAUUCUGCCAAGAAGGACAACGACUUCAUCUACCACGAAGCUGUGCCGGCGCUGGACACCCUGCAGCCUGUGAAAGGAGCCCCCUUGGUAAAGCCCUUGCCAGUGAACCCCACAGAUCCGGCUGUUACGGGUCCUGACAUCUUCGCCAAACUGGUGCCCAUGGCUGCGCACGAGGCGUCCUCCCUGUACAGCGAGGAGAAGGCCAAGCUGCUGCGGGAAAUGAUGGCCAAGAUCGAGGACAAGAACGAGGUCCUAGACCAGUUCAUGGAUUCGAUGCAGCUGGACCCCGAGACGGUGGACAACCUGGACACGUACGCACACAUCCCGCCACAGCUCAUGGAGAAGUGCGCGGCGCUCAGUGUCAGGCCAGACACGGUCAAGAACCUCGUGCAGUCCAUGCAGGUGCUGUCGGGUGUGUUCACGGACGUGGAGGCCUCCCUGAAGGACAUCAGGGACCUGCUGGAGGAGGAUGAGCGGCAAGAGCAGAAGCUGCACGAGGCCACGGGCCAGGCUGGGGUGAGCCCGGCCGCCGCCAAGGCCGAGCUGGCUGAGGUGCGGCGCGAGUGGGCCAAGUACAUGGAGGUGCACGAGAAGGCGUCCUUCACCAACAGCGAGCUGCACCGCGCCAUGAACCUGCACGUGGGCAACCUGCGUCUGCUCAGCGGGCCGCUGGACCAAGUGAGGGCCGCGCUGCCCACGCCAGCCCUGACCCCAGAGGACAAGGCGGUGCUGCAAAACCUGAAGCGUAUCCUGGCCAAGGUGCAGGAGAUGCGGGACCAGCGUGUGUCUCUGGAGCAGCAGCUGCGGGAGCUCAUCCAGAAGGACGACAUCACCGCCUCUCUGGUCACCACUGACCACUCAGAGAUGAAGAAGCUGUUCGAGGAACAGCUGAAGAAGUACGACCAGCUGAAGGUGUACCUGGAGCAGAACCUGGCCGCGCAGGACAACGUGCUCCGAGCGCUCACCGAGGCCAACGUCCAGUACGCCGCCGUGCGGCGGCUGCUUGGCGAACUGGACCAAAAGUGGAACUCCACCCUGCAGACGCUGGUGGCCUCCUACGAGGCCUACGAGGACCUCAUGAAGAAGUCCCAGGAGGGCAAGGACUUCUACGCCGACCUGGAGAGCAAGGUGGCCGCCCUGCUGGAGCGCGCGCAGGGCACCUGCAGGGCGCGGGAGGCCGCCCGCCAGCAGCUGCUCGAGAGGGAGCUGAAGAAAAAGCCGCCACCUCGGCCCACGGCCCCCAAGCCGCUGCUGCCCCGCAGGGAGGACGGGGAGCCGGGGGAGCCCGGGGAGCCGGCAGAGGAGCUGCGCAGCCUGCCCCCAGACAUGGCGACCGGCCCGCGCCCCCCAGACGCUUUCCUGGGGGCCGCCCCCGCCCCCGGCCCGCCCCAGCUCCACUUCCCUUCGGGCCCCUUCCCCAGCUCGGCCGGCGCGGCGCCCAGCUACCUCCCAGCCCCCGCCCCGGGCGCCUACGCGGGCCCCGCCGCCCUGAUGCCGCCCAGAGCCCCCGGCCCCCCGGGUCCCCCCGGCGUGCUCGGGCCCGCCCUCUUCCCGGCCCCCGCCUACGCCCCCGAGCUGGGCCUGGCGCCGCAGUCCUCCCCGCAGCACGCGCUGGUGAGCGGGCCCUACGGGGCCGUGCGGGCCGCCCCGGCCGCGGGGCUCCCCUCCGCCCCGCCCACCCAGUUCCCCGCCACCACCACGGUGGACAGCGUGCAGGCCCCCAUCUCCAGCCACGCGGCGCCCCGCGCCGGGCCCCCCCAGCCCUGCUUCCCGGGGCCCCCGCCCUACGCCUACCCCGCGGGCGGCAAGCCGCUGGCCGCGCCGGUGGGGCCGCCCCACUUCCCCCCCGCCGCGCCCCCCAGCUUCCCCGCCGCCGGGGCCCGGCCCCCGGCGCCCCCUCCGCAGGCCUUGCGCCCCCCGCAGCACCCCCUGCCCUUCCAGCACCCCCACCUCUUCCCGCCUCAGGCCCCCGCGCUCCUCCCGCCGCAGCCGGGGCCCUACCGCUUCCCCCCGCAGCCCCGCUCCCCCCCGCAGCUGGUCUACCCGGGCCCCGAGCCGCCGCCGCCCGCGGGGCCGCUGCCCUUCCCCAGCCCGCCGCCGCCGCACCCCGCGCUGCCCUACUGCCCCGCGCCCGCCCCGCGGCCCCCGGGGCCGCCGCCCCCCGCGCUGGCCCUGCGGGGGCCCCCGCCGGCCGCCCAGCCCAGCCCCGGGCCCCGCCUGGUGCCCUCGCCCGCCCCGUCCCCCGGCCCGGGCCCCGGCGCCGGGAGCCCCCGGACCCCCGCGGCCGAGCCGCCGCCCCCGCCGCCCCCGCCCUGCGCGCGCCGGGGCCCCGCGGCCGCCGACCUGCUGUCGUCCAGCCCCGAGAGCCAGCCCGGCGGGGCGCCGCCCCCGGGCGCCGGGCAGCCGCUGCUGCAGCCCACCAAGGUGGACGCGGCCGAGGGCCGCCGGCCGCAGGCGCUGCGGCUGAUCGAGCGCGACCCCUACGAGCGGCCCGAGCGGCUGCGGCGGCUGCAGCAGGAGCUGGACGCCUUCCGCGGCCAGCUGGGCGACGCGGCCGCGCUGGACGCCGCCUGGCGCGAGCUGCAGGAGGCGCAGGAGCUGGACGCGCGCGGCCGCUCCAUCGCCAUCGCGCGCUGCUACUCGCUCAAGAACCGCCACCAGGACGUGAUGCCCUACGACGGCAACCGCGUGGUGCUGCGCUCGGGCAAGGACGACUACAUCAACGCCAGCUGCGUGCAGGGCCUCUCGCCCUACUGCCCGCCGCUCGUGGCCACGCAGGCGCCGCUGCCCGGCACCGCCGCCGACUUCUGGCUCAUGGUGCACGAGCAGAAGGUGGCGGUCAUCGUCAUGCUGGUGUCCGAGGCCGAGAUGGAGAAGCAAAAGGUGGCGCGCUACUUCCCCACGGAGCGGGGCCAGCCCGUGGUGCACGGCGCGCUGCGCGUGGCGCUGAGCAGCGUCCGCGCCACCGAGACGCACGUGGAGCGCGUGCUCAGCCUGCAGUUCCGGGACCAGAGCCUCACGCGCUCGCUCGUGCACCUGCACUUCCCCACGUGGCCCGAGCUAGGCCUGCCCGACAGCCCCGGACACCUGCUGCGCUUCAUCCAGGAGGUGCACGCGCACUGCCUGCACCAGCGCCCGCUGCACACGCCCGUGGUCGUGCACUGCAGCUCCGGCGUGGGCCGCACCGGGGCCUUCGCGCUGCUCUACGCGGCGGUGCAGGAGGUGGAGGCGGGGAACGGGAUCCCGCAGCUGCCCCAGCUGGUGCGGCGCAUGCGCCAGCAGCGGAAGCACAUGCUGCAGGAGAAGCUGCACCUGCGGUUCUGUCACGAGGCGCUGGUGAGGCACGUGGAGCAGCUCCUGCAGCGGCACGGCGUGCCCCCGCCGGGCAGGCCCGCGGCCGGCGGCAACAGCCAGCACAAGAACCACCUUCCUCAGGACGCGCAGGACCUGGUCCUCGGCGGGGACGUGCCCAUCAGCUCCAUCCAGGCCACCAUCGCCAAGCUCAGCAUCCGGCCCCCCGGGGGCUCGGACCCUCCCGCCGCCAGCCCGCCGGGCCCCGCCGAGCCGCCGGGCCUCCCCGCCGCCGGCCUCCCCGAGGCCGCCCCGGCCCUGCCCUCGUCCCCCCCGCCGCUCUCGUCGCCUCUGCCGGAGCUCCCCCAGGCCGAGGAGCAGCCGCCCCUGCCCGAAGCGCCCAGUCUAGGGCCCCCCUCGUCCUCGCUGGAGCUGCUGGCCUCCCUGACCCCCGAGGCCUUCUCCCUGGACAGCUCCCUGCGCGGCAAGCAGCGCAUGAGCAAGCAGAACUUCCUGCAGGCGCACAACGGCCAGGGCCUCAAGGCGGCGCGGCCCGGCGACGACCCGCUCAGCCUGCUGGACCCGCUGUGGACGCUCAACAAGACCUGACGCCCGCCCGGCCCCGCAUGCCCCGCCGCCGCGCGCCU